GUUUCUCUGUCUCCUCUCAGUGGACACACGUCUGCCGUUCCAGGCUGAGAUGUUCAUUCAGAACAUGAUUCUGGUGCUCUUCUGCCUGGGUGUGAUUGCCAGCGUGUUCCCGUGGUUCCUGGUGGCAGUAGGGCCGCUGGUCCUCCUCUUUAUAGUGCUGCACAUGGUUUCUCGGGUCUUCAUUCGAGAACUCAAACGAUUAGACAACAUCACACAGUCACCUUUCCUGUCCCACAUUGCCUCCAGCAUUCAGGGCCUGACCACAGUGCAUGCUUAUGGGAAAGAGGACGAAUUCCUUCACAGGUAUCAGGAGCUGCUGGAUCAGAACCAGGCUCCCUUCUAUUUGUUCAGCUGCGCUAUGCGCUGGCUGGCUGUGCGUUUGGAUGUGAUUAGCGUGGCUCUCAUUAGCAUCACGGCUUUGAUGAUCGUCCUCAU